GAUUGCCUGUGGCGACACGAAUAGUCGUACGCAGAGCUUGAAUGUCUCGUGAAUACAUCGUUACUCCAAGACACUCAUCGCAGGCUCUUCAAGGAUUUUUCUUACUUACCUGCAUCGUUUUGCGCAUUACAACGCAUCAGUAGUUGAAGUACUUCAUUCUUUUUCAUCACAAGCCUUGUCCGAUUAACCAUUGUCCUUUGACAGCCAAUUGUUCGUUAAGUUUAUUAGACCGGAAUUCCUUGGCCAUCAAGAAACAAUAUUGAACCAAUUCCAAAUGAUUUAAUUAAGUGACAUAACAGCAUUCACGUAUUGAAAUUCCAUACAGUUUUGCUCGUGGAAAGAAGGGUCAGAGGAGGAAAUGAUAACGAAUGAAGAAAGACAGCUGUAGAUUGUGAUAACCGUGGUUUUGAAAUAUUUAUAUUAAUAGUAAAAAGAGAUCGCAAGUGUUUUCCUUGACUCGUGCAUAUUUUUAUCAUCAUAAAACAUGCGAUGACGGUUCGUGACACGUGUACAGUCCUUCAGAAUGACAAUGUAAACACAGUACAUCAUCAUCAUCCUGGUGAUUCUUCAUUUUCUAUAACAUAAAUGCGUCAGUGAAUUAAUUAGUGAAUGAUUCUCGAGGAGAUAUUUGGACCGUGGAGUCGGAUCAUACUGGUGGGAAUUGGUAUCGGAAUUAUCCUUCUAAUUCUGUUUGUGACUGUGUGCUUCCUCGUGCCAGGAUGCUUAGGAUACAAGUGUCUACAACGACAAAAAAACCGAAGAGAUAAAGCAGUUACUGAACACUCAACAGACCAACAUAAUGGAAAUAUCAAGUUGGGUGAUGUCAGCUACCGAUCCUGGCGAUUAGGGAGUCUUUAUGAUAAUGGUAGUAUUUGUGAAAAUGGAGAGUCGCCGAGAGAUCCAUAUGGUUCUCAUUAUACAGAGUUUGAUCCUCGAAGAACAUCAUCAACUCUGAAUUUGGUGAAUAUUGAGAAACCAAAGAAUGGAAAAAAAACAAAGGAAUUUCCAACAGAAUUAACACUAAGUCUUCAAUUUUUACCGAAUGUUGACGAACCACGAAGUGUUCAAGGAAAACUUGUCAUUGGCAUUGAAGCCUUAUCGGGUCUUCCACCAAAGCAGUAUAAUUGUACAAUAGAACCUUAUGUAGUAGUUGAAAUUGUUAAGCAAUCUUGGACACAACGAAAACGAGAAGUGCUGCAUAGUUUUAGAACACGUGGCAUCAGACAUACUGCUAGCCCAAUUUAUCGUGAAACUUUUAUAAUCGCAGAUGUUAAUUCAUACGAAACAAAAGAAUGGCUUUUAGAUAUUCGCGCACAUGAUCAUGAUAGAUAUGCAAAUCAUACUGAAUUAUGUCACUUAAAAAUUCAUCUAAAAGAUGUUCGAAAAGUAUUUUCAAGUCCAGAGAUACAUUUAUUUAAUUAUAAAAUGAAACCAUCCCAUAAGGAGUAUGGAAGUAUUCUACUCGGGAUAAGUUAUCUACCAACUGCUCAACGACUGACGAUCACCGUAAUGAAGCUGCGAGAUUUGAAAUAUCCACCAGCUAUCAAUUCACCGACUGAGUUCAAUCCAUAUAUAAGAAUUUUCAUGCUCAAUGGCAAAACUGGACGAAAAAUAAAAAAGAAGAAAACAAUGGUUCUUAAAUCAGCAACUAAUCUGGAAUUUAACGAAACAUUAACAUUCGAAUUAUCUUAUAAUCAACUUGAUACAGUGCAAUUUCUCGUGGUACUAUGUAAUAAGACUGUGUUUGACAUACCGGCUAAUGAUCAUCCAAGUGAUAGUGAAGAUUCAGUCAACUCCAAUAAGAAAUCUAAAGAUAUAUUUAUCGGAAAGGUAGCAUUUGGUAAAGGUGUUAGAGGUAACACUGAGAGACUUCACUGGUUUUCUGUUCUUCAAAAUCCCCGGAAGCUAGUUACUGUUUGGCACACACUUAAAUGAGUUGGUCGUGUAAUAGACCUUUCACAUAAUAUAAUGUACGGUACUUACAUAAUAUCAUUAAAUAUUAAUUACCUCAUGUAAAAUUAAAAUAUGAAUAUAUUUUAUUUAUAACAACUUUAA